AUCCCAUUCCCCUUCCUUCCAGAGGAGAGAGAGAGAGAGAAGAAAAGAUAAGCUCAGGCUCAGCUCGCAAGCAAGUGGAGAUGCGGAGCCCACGAGGAGCAGCAGCAGCCGGGCGCUGCGGCGCCCAGGAGCACGUCGACCUGAUCCCGGGCAUCCCCGACGACGUCGCCGUCGACUGCCUGGCGCGCGUUCCCCACGCGUCCCACCGCGCGCUCCGCCGCGUCUGCCGCGGCUGGCGCAGCGCCGCCGCCAAGCCGGCCUUCGCCUCGGCGCGCGCCGCCGCGGGCGCCACCGAGGACCUCGUCUACCUCCUGCAGUUCGGCAACCCCUCCGCCGCCGACGACGACGGGGCGCCUAAGGACGGCGCCGACGCGCCGCCGCCCAGCGCGCCGGCCUACGGCGUCGCCGUCUACAACGUGACCACGGGCGAGUGGCGCCGGGAGCGCGGCGCGCCGCCCGUGCUCCCCGUCUUCGCGCAGUGCGCCGCGGUGGGCACCCGCGUGGCCGUGCUCGGCGGCUGGGACCCGCGCACCUUCGAGCCCGUCGCCGACGUGCACGUCCUCGACGCCGCCACCGGCGCGUGGCGCCGCGCCGCGCCGAUGCGGUCCGCGCGGUCCUUCUUCGCGUGCGCCGAGGCCGGCGGCAAGAUCUACGUCGCCGGCGGGCACGACAAGCACAAGAACGCGCUCAAGACGGCCGAGGCCUACGACGCCGGCGCCGACGCCUGGGACCCGCUCCCGGACAUGUCGGAGGAGCGCGACGAGUGCGACGGCAUGGCCACCGUGGCGGGCGACCGCUUCCUCGCCGUCAGCGGGUACCGCACGGCGCGGCAGGGCGGGUUCGAGCGCGACGCCGAGUGGUUCGACCCCGCCGCCCGGGAGUGGCGGCGGCUGGAGCGCGUCCGGGCGCCGCCCUCCGCGGCGCACGUCGUGGUCCGGGGCCGCGUCUGGUGCAUCGAGGGCAGCGCCGUGAUGGAGUGGAUGGGCACCCGCCGCGGGUGGCGCGAGGUCGGGCCCUACCCGCCGGGGCUCAAGGCCGGCACGGCGCGCGCCGUCUGCGUCGGCAGCGGCGAGAAGGUGGUCGUCACGGGGGCCCUCGACGGGGAGGGCGGCCGGCACGCGCUCUGGGUGUUCGACGUCAGGACCAAGAGCUGGACUGUGGUGCGCCCGCCGCCGGAGUUCGCCGGCUUCGUCUUCUCCGUCGCGUCCGUCCGCAUCUGAAGAUCUGGAUCUCGGCCGCCCCAGCCCCGAUCCGCCCCCAUCGACCAAGAAACAAAAGAAGAAAUCAAGGCUACUACGACUACUAGUGUGUGUCCGUGCACCGUGCCCGCCAUUGCUGGAUCUGAGAUCUGCGCGUCGGCCAUGGAUCUCUGCAUCUGCUUGGAUACUAGUAUGCCCGUCCCAUAAUCCUACAUCGAAGGAGUUGAAGGAGAGCCCCCGAUCGACGCCAGAUCCACGGAUCGAGCCGUGGGUGUGAGAAAAAAGCCAAAAAAAAAGAUGAAGAUUCCUGCUUUGUUGCGGGUGGUGAGUGUUCGUUCCCGAUGAGAGAUGAGAGAUUUGAGUGUGGUGUUUUUGUCCCGAGGUGAAGGACGCAGACUAUUUUCUUGCUGUUCUUGUCCUACUACAGCCAUGCUUUGCUUUGCUAGCCGAGUAAUAACAGCUACUGUACAUACUACUACUACUUCUGCUACCACCACUGCUAUUGUAAGAUCCAAGCUCGCCUCUUGUGAUCCAGAUCUGAUUCAUGGAAGCAAGCAGAUCUCGUCUCCGUUC